GUUACCGAUCAUUUUGAUUACGAAUGACAUUCAAUUUAAACCGAGAGAGGAUGCCUUUUUUUACGGUGUGGCUAAUAUUUCUUCGAAAAGUGGUGUGACUAAAACAGCUGAUCGUUUUAUUUGAGCGAUUUGAUUGAUUUUUACGAAUAGAAAGUUCUAAAUGUUUCUUUAAUGAUGACUGUUGACAGUGCAAUUAGCAAUGAACAGGUGAUUUUUGUCACGGGAGGUUAUGAUCACACUAUCAAAAUAUGGCAACCGCAUACAGGCGUCUGUCAACGAACAUGUCAACACACGGAUUCUCAAGUAAAUGCCUUGGAUAUCACACCGGACAAAUAUGUUGUGGCUGCUGCUGGAUAUCAACAUAUACGAAUGUAUGAUCUAGCUUCAAACAAUCCGAAUCCAGUUGUUAAUUAUGAAGGAGUAUCGAAAAACAUUACCAGCUUAGGUUUUCAGGAAGAAGGAAAAUGGAUGUAUACAGGAGGAGAAGACUGUUCUGCAAGAGUAUGGGAUUUAAGAUCUAGUAGCUUUCAAUGCCAAAGAAUAUUUCAAGUAUCUGCACCUGUUAAUUGUGUGUGUUUACAUCCUAAUCAAGCAGAACUGAUGGUUGGCGAUCAAAGUGGAGUUAUACACUUGUGGGAUCUUCGUUCAGAUCACAAUGAACAGCUGAUUCCUGAGGCUGAAUCCUCGAUUCAAGAUAUCGCGGUGGAUCAAGAUGGUUCUUACAUGGCAGCUGUAAAUAACAAAGGACAUUGUUACAUUUGGACACUAACAGGAGGCAUUGGAGAGGAGCCCACAAGACUUAAUCCUCGUCAUAAACUUCUAGCUCAUAAACGUUACGCUCUUCGUUGCAAAUUUAGUCCCGAUUCAACCUUGUUGGUGACGACGUCGGCCGAUCAAACCGCUCGAGUAUGGAGAACAACGGAUUUUCUGAAGUACAAGUACUUCAGCAUGAAGAAGCGUUGGGUUUGGGAUGCAGCAUUUAGUGCAGAUUCUCAAUAUAUAUUUACUGCCUCUUCAGACGGAGUCGCAAGACUAUGGAACGCAUCUACAGGAACAAUAGAACGAGAAUAUCAAGGACAUCAAAAGGCUGUUAUAGCUCUUGCUUUCCGUGACGAAAUUGUUUCCGCGAGCUAAGAAUAAAAAGAGAAUAUUUAAAUAUGUCUUGCUAUAUAUAAAAAAAUUAUUUGUUAUUUUAGAUGUAUUGCGUGUCAUCGUUAUACAUGCAAAAGAACUCUUAAAUAUUUGUUUUUUAAUAUAGACUAUAUUUUAUUUGUA